GAUCAUAUCUUCCUUUUCGCUGAUGGUCAGGGGCCACGCAUUUGGGACAGCUACGACAUGCUGCGAAGCGAGUCGGUGUUCAUCUCGCCAGAGAGUCGGUGUCCAACCUGGUCAGAGCCUCUCCGGCGCUACACCGAUGUGAAGCGCUGUCUCAGCGGUUGGAAGGACAUUGUGAUUCCUGGUCAUACGGACUACGCCAGGAUUCAGUACAUGAAGAGCAAGAAUCGGCGCACUGCAGAUCGAAGGCUGCUGCUCACCUUCCAUGGAAGAGCACCCGGUGCACACGACGCCUACGAAGAGUGCCGCGUGAGAGGGGACUUGAUGAAGCUCGGCAAAAGUGCCGGCUUGGAAUCUGGCGUUGAUAUAGGUGGUUUUGUGAGCGACUACCUCGAGCGGAAGGGCGACAGCCACUUCUGCCUGGUGCCAGCAGGUACAAGCCCUUGGACCAACCAUCUCUACGAGAGCUUCUAUGCCGGCU